AUGGAGUCGGAAUAUCUUUUGAUACAUCGUGAAGGCAUUUUGAGAAGAGGAAUUAUUCAAGAAGAGAGUCGUUACCGUAGUGAUAUCGAAAAGAAGUUUGAAGAUGAGAGAGAGAAAUUUAGAUUAGCCGUUUAUCAGGAAAAGAAUGAUCGGGUGUCGGUAAUUGACCCACCUCUUGAUGUAAGUACAGUGUCGUUUUCUGCAAGAACAGCAUAUGAAACUCUUAGUAGUGGUUCACCAUCCCGGAGCACAAGCGUAGUUGCUCCACCUAUCUUUUCAGACUUUGCUCAUGUAGCUGAUCUCCAGUAUGAUAUGGACAGACCGAUUCCUUUUACACGAUCAACACAAGUUCAAUGGCAAAAUGUUUCCGUUUCGAGUAUCCGAUACGAAACACCACAGCGCCGUCGGGGACAAUCGACUAUUAUUUCUGAAGGAGAUAGUUUAUUUCACGUUAUAUUUGAUGUAAUUGAGAGACGAACUUUAGUAGAUCAAGUGGAAGCUCCCAUGAAUGAAGUUACUAAAUAUGAAGGGAUGGAGAUAUUGGCUAGACACGAGUUGCAAGCUGAUGAGACUGUAGCUUUUUCAAAAAUUACAGAAGAAAUGCUUCUAGAUAGGAUGCUUCAGGUACAGUUAUUACAGUACCGACAACAACAAGAAAAAAAAUGGUGGGAAACACUUCAAGAUGUUCAAGCAUAUAUUGAAAAAGAGGAGGAAAGACGUAACUUAAUAGUUAGUAAAGAAAGCCUUGACCGCCGACGCCUAUAUAACUCCUUCAACGGUGUUGAUAGACAUGAACUAAGUGAUACUGAGGAAGAUAUACAAUCGGUACUAUCAAAAACAUUCUGCUUUGUCAAAGAACAAAUCACCCAGUUAGAAACAGCACAUAGGCAGAAACUCUACGUAGAGUAUGUGCAAGAACAUAAUAUUCUUAAUCACUAUCGUAGACAACUACUUAUAAACUACAAACAGAGGAUAUUAUCGGCGCACUCGAGUGAAUGUACUUCUCUUUCUUCCUCACCGUCUCGAUACCUAUCUCCAAAUAUCAUAAAACAAUAUGAGGAUGAGAUAGACGAAAUAAUGGAUAAAGAAAUAUAUGAUCUUAUUAGAAUUCUCCACCAAAGUACAAUGACUCUAUAUCAAGAGAGAUACAUAGAUAAUGAUACUAGCAAUACCGUCAAUGACGAAGAAAAAUCCUUCUCAGAGGAAGAGAUAGAGAGUGAUUCAACAACAACAUUCUCGAGAAAAUUAGAGGAAGAAGAACAGACGUUCGACAGUCCAAACUUUAAAACAAUCAUCUUAACAGCAUCAAUAAGAACUAUUGAAGACGAAGAAGACACUGAAAGAGAGAAAAUACAAGAUGAUGAAAUAAAUAAUUUAAUACAACUACUACAGGUUGCUGAAAAGAAAAUAUUGCUUAUGCAAGUAGAAAAACAAACAUCGGAAAGAAUUACAGAGUUAACAGCAUCUACACUAGAAAAAGAACAAGGAAAUACAAAAAGUAGCGAAGACGCAAGUCAAUACCUGUCGUCCAUACUCAAAACUGAAAAUGAUUACAUCUAUGAAAGCACCUCAAGUAGACCUCUUCUCACACAUACAACUGGAGAUAUACCGCCAAAAUACGAGGCACCUUAUUCGCCUACCAACACUACAUUAGCAACCGAAACUACGGAAACAAAUUCUUUUGAACGUGGUACCGAGAGCGCCAAGGACGAGUCUGAGAUUGAUGAGCAUGCAGCAGCAGAGGAGGAAGCUGAAGCUGUUGCUGCUGAUGAACGUGGU